AAUCAGUGUAAAAUAUGAAAUUUAAAAAUUUAUGUAUCAAAAUAUAUCUGUUAACAAGAAAUUUUACUUCUUACCUAUCAAAAUAUGCUAUUUGAAAUUGAUAAGUUGUCAGGUUAAUUCUGGAACACGAAGCGAGGGUGAGUCGGUGGUUCGAGAAUCGCAGGGAAGGUGGAACCCUAGUAAGCUCACAGUGCGGACUGUCUCUAUCUGUCAUAUGGAAUCGAAAGGGGCGCCGUGUUAGGCAGCCAAGCCUACACGGACGCCAUCCGAGUAUCAAAAGCUAAGGAAAAAAAAUCGGCUGAUAAGUAAUCAUCGAAUAUUCGUUUGAUACGGACAAGUGCAAGCUUUCGGAAACAUUGAACUCAACAUCAUCAAAAUGGCAACGAGCAAACUACCAGAAAUGAGUUAUACGUGCGAAAUUUGCGGCCUCGAAGGAUUCAAUGACGAGGAAAUGAGAUCUCACAUGGUACUUUAUCAUCUUCAAGGAGCAGCCAACUGUCCAUUUUGCGAUCUGGGGGAAAUAUCUCCCGCCGAAAUGUUGGUCCACGUGAACAGUGCUCAUCUUGAUUAUCUCACUCCAAGUACACCAGAGAAUGAUAUGAUGGCAUUCAUUGAUGAUGACCCAUCAAUGGAUGGUGAUCGGUAUGACGAAUGUCGUGGACCUUCGCCAACGUUGUCGACACAUCCAGUUCACCUUCACAAUGGCUGGGGUAGUCCACCUAAUAAUCAUUCUCAGCCAGUGCGAAAACCGGAACCUCUACUGGAUGCUGCUCCUAAUUUGAACAAUAAUAACAACAACAACAAUAGUGGAAACGUUAACAAUGGUCAGAACAAUGAUUCGAGUGUGGUCAUUUGUGCUGGAGGAAGUGGUGCUCAGUCAAUUGGUUCUGCUUCAGUCGCGGAAGGUGCUGCAGGUCAUGGCUCUCCUCUUCGGUCUGGGCUUAAUCUUCAACUACGUUCACAUGCCUCUCCUAAGCUUCCUGUACAAGAAUGUCCCAUGUGUCCAUAUAGCUCAGACAGUCCACUUAGGCUCGAAGAACAUAUCAAUCGUCAACAUUUUGAUCUUACUUCACCAUCCUUUCCUCCUGAGUCACCACCCACCCGAGAUGGUGUUUUUAACUGCCCACUUUGUGUUACAUCAUUUCCUAAUUCAUCGGAUUUGGAACUCCAUGUGAACAUCGAGCACAAAGAUAUACUCAGUCCUGCAAAUGGAUCAGCCUCUCAAUCAGACCUAGCUACUACAGGCAGUGAUACACCAGCCUGUCCAGUUUGUCUAAGCACUUUAUUCAAAAAUAAUGAUGAACUUACGGCACACAUAGAGGAGCACUUCAGUAAAAAGAACACACCCUCGCCUGUGACACCUGAUGUUUCUUCGGACAGAAUGCUGGCCAGAGAUAUGGAGAGACGUGAGAAAGAAGUAAGACGAUUACGAGAGCAACGUGAAUUCGAAAUGUUAAGAGCCCAAUAUGGCAUGGACAAUCAGGGUAACUUUAGGGAACAGAGUGUGACUAAUAUGCAGCGGGCUGUUUACGCCGGCGAGAUGUCCGUUGCUGAUUAUUAUGAAAGACAAAUCGAAUUAAGGGUUGCUGAAAGCAGUGGUAUCGACGAUGGAAGCUCAUGUACUCGAGGGCUGGUUCCCAAAGUACGAGCGGUGAGUCAAGCGUGCAGUAACGUUGUUAAUACAUGGAUGUGCUCCACGGUGGACCAUUACGGAUCCACCUACGGUGAUAAAGGAUGGGGUUGUGGAUACAGGAACAUGCAGAUGUUAAUAUCAUCACUUCUUCAACAUACGGGUUAUAACGAAUUAGUCUAUAGAGCAUGGAGUUCCGGAAGUGGAACCUCUACCGAAAAUCCUCUUAGAAGCUCAAUGCCCUCCAUUUCUAGACUGCAAAAAAUGAUCGAAUGGGCUUGGGUCCAGGGUUUUGAUAUACAGGGAGCUGAACAACUUGGUGGUAAACUAGUCAAUACUCGAAAAUGGAUCGGUGCUACAGAAGUGGUUACUCUUCUCUCUAGUCUGCACAUAAGGUGUCAACUAGUCGAUUUUCAUAGACCAACAAGUUCUGAUGGAGGACAUCCCGAAAUGUUCAAUUGGGUUUUGCAAUACUUUCAAAGAAGCGAUGAUUUCAAACCACCACUCUAUCUUCAACAUCAAGGACAUAGUAGAACGAUUAUGGGAGUUGAACAGCUCAGAGAUGGAUCCAUAACAAUGCUAGUGCUCGAUCCGAGUCAUAGUCCAGCUCAAAUGUCUCAAUUCAACAGUACAAGUAGUGCACCAGGUGCAAUGAGACUCGUCCGAAAAUCCACAGCCGCCAUGAAAGCCAGGCAGUACCAGGUAGUGGCUGUAACAGGAACCAUGGACACUGAAGUCCAGUACCAAGUACGCACCCUAAAGCUGCAAAUAGACGCAAAGCAAAGUUCUACGCUCGAUGCGCGUACCGCAAGAUAGGUGAGAUUUGGCAAAUCUAAGAAGAAAACUUUGUUCAGCAAUUCAUAAAUCUCAAAGUCUUUACUUUGUUUUACCAUCGAACAGCAUUCUUGAGGCUUCGUGACUGCCUAGCGUUAACAUACGUUUAGUAAAAUUAAAAAGAAGAAAGAUUAAAAGAAAAAACACUAAGCGCUAACAUGGUAGUUAACGAGAUAUUCUUACAUUAAUAGCUGUUGAAGAAAGCGUGGAACAUCCGGCGGGAGCCGUGCGUUCUUGCAUACUUUAAAUUAUUAUUAUCAAUAUAAUAUUAGAUAGCGAAAACGAUGGUGACUCUAACGAAUUUAUCAUGCUGUCUCUAAACAGUCAGCGUUUUUCCCUCCAAAAUGGAGACUACGUUAUUCGCGUCCAAGGGAUUGAUAAGUUAAAUCGAUUGCGAUUAAACCAAUUCCAAAAUGCCCCGUCUUGCGGUAUCGUUGCGUGGCAAAAUGUUCGGUUCAACGACGUCCAUUUUUAUUAUCUACCCAAGAUCUUUCUGCUCAAUAUUCGUCGAGGAUCUAUUCGCGGAUGGAGAGUGUUGCACGGGCACAAGAAAGAGACUCAUAUUGUAGCUGUGAUGCUAUUAUCGAAUUAACUCUAAUCACUUACGGAUUCCAGGCAUUUUUUGGACACAUCCCAAACCUAUCUAUUCCUAUUCUUCCCCUAUGAACAUCGUAAUAACGUUGAUUCUUUGAUAAAUAAAGGCUUCGCGUUAUUUCCUCACAGAGCAGCUUAUGCUUCUUUUUAUUGUUUUAUUGAUGUCGGACAUAUUAAAACUUUUAUCGUGGAAUUACAAAGCGAUACUAUUAUGAUUUUAUUCAAAUAUCAUAAGUUUUUUCCCACGCUACUCUAAAUAAUCUAAUAAAUUGCACUAUAGUAAAAGUCAUUUACAAUAUGAAAUAUUGGGUGACAACAUUUUUCAGUACUUUCCUACUUGAUUAAUCUACACCUGAAAUUGAAAGUAUCGAAUGUUCAAAUUAUUGCAAGUAGCUCAAAACACUUUUUGGAUACCGCUAAACAGUACCGCAUCGUCUCGUGCACCUUUUCAAACAUUUUAAUUAGUCAAUUUCCAGUCAAUCCGACGUGCCCUUAGAAAAAUAAGCUAUUAGAAUAAUCUGUAUAUAAAAAAAGUAACCCAUCACAUUUCAUCAUGUUCCCAGUCUUUAUUAAAUCUAACAUCUAUGGUUUGGCGUGUCGAAAAAAAAAUGACCUCACUACAUAUUUCCGCCAUCUUAUACAGAGCACACAUGCGUGUAUUAAAAAUAGUAAUAAUAAUAAUAAUAAUAAUAAUAAUACAAUAAUAAAUAGAAAUGUCGCGUAAACACGAAUUUCCUCGCAUCACGCAUCGUAUCCCACAUUCAUAUUAAGUACAACUACUUUCGUACUAAUCAGAAAUAUUUCAUUAAUAAGAUCAUUCGACUUAAGACCAUCCCAUAUUCUAGUUUAUAAGUGCGCCGUUAUUACAUUGAAAAAAGAUAGAGAAAAGUAAAAAGAAAAAAUUCUUUUUUCGUCCAUUUGCCACAUAAAUUAACAUGGUACGUUUCUGAGCAGAUAAAUUACUUAAUUCUUAUUGUUCUUAUACACUCAUUACUGUUAAUAUUUAUUAUCAUAGUUGUUAAUAACCGCGAUCUAAGGAUGCGACGGCACUGCAAUUACGUUUUAUAUAGCCUUGACUUUUACCGUGCACCAAUUAUUGUAAACGAUUCAAAUUUUGAAAGGACAUGGUGUGAUAUGUGAAUUGUUAUGUGAGAGAAGCCUUCGCACUAUUCAUACGUUAAAUUAAAAUAUAUGCUUUGUUAGAAUUCCUAA